AUGAACCAGUACACCCUGGCAACACAAAAUGGCCCUGAUCAUGAUAAAAUUCCAUCAACAUUAACUUCUAACUGCGACUCUAUUCUCAAGUAUGGUCGCUACAUCGAUGAUGUCAAUGAAUCACCCUCGGGCUGGCAACCAGAUGGAUGCGCAAUGAAAACUUAUCACUCAAUAUAUGAAGAUGAUUUAAACACCUGUUUCAAGCCCGGUGACGAAGUGAUUUUUUUUGGUGACUCAACGGUCCGCCAAGUUUAUUGGGGGUUUGUAAAUACUCUUUAUCGAGGCUAUUUGCAAAAAAUGGACAACCAUGCCGACCUUCAAGUCUCCUUUAACGGCGUCACAGUCACUCUUUAUUGGUCAUCAUACUUCAAUGAAACAAACGCCGAUAUCAUUCGUAACAUUUCAAGAGACGGGUUCAAUUCAGAGCAUAAAAUAAAAGCCCAGGAAUUUCAUAAAGACAAAACUUACAAGCCAAAAACUUAUCUUUACAUGAGUGCUGGGUCCUGGUUUGCAGGCAAGGAAAAUCCCUCGGAAGUUGCAACCAAAUAUCGCGCUAAUACCAUAGAUAUUUUUAAAGACAUUGAUAACCGCGUUGAUGAUGCUUUUGAAGCAGUUUAUUUUUCCCCUCCUCUUAUUCCACAUUAUGAUUCCCUAGACAAAAAUCGUCAGAUAUCCAUGACACAUAGCCAGAUACAUUCAAUUGAAGAAAUUGCUGAUGAGUUGUUUAAUUACGUACGCACAAAUGAGACAGUCAAAGACCGCAUUAAUCCAGCAUUAUAUUCAGGUGGGGUCAGAUACCGCACCCAGAAAGAUCGCACGGACGAAAUCUCGGCUUAUUAUGUGCCUGUUUUUAACGAGCUUUCUGCGGAAAAUCAUCAAGGCAUCCAUGACGAUAUGGGAAUCCAUUUCGCCGAACAUGGGUUUCUUCUUCAAGCAAACAUUCUUCUUAACCAUAUUUGUAACGACCGCAUUGCACAAGAAAUGGGUAGACCGCCGGCCGGUGCCACUUGUUGUGUGCAGUACGAUGAUUACAAAUACAAUGUUGAAUCCACCAUUUUCCCUUCAAUCCACAGAAUUUUGGACAAGGCACUUUUGAUAGUUCCUUUAUUUGCUCUUGUUUUUUCCGCUUAUAGAUUUAAUCCAGAAAUGGCUAUCCCCGUUUUGAAGACUGUCAUUAAUUCUGUGGUUGUGCAAGGUAUUGUUACGGCCUGGGCUCGCAUCUCAAACGAAACACAACUUAUUUCUAAAGUUUCUAUUUACUACAGUUCAACUGAAAUGACUGUUUGGCUACAAAUAUGGUCAUUAACUUCGAUUCUUUCUAUUGUUUUUUUCAAUCAGUGCUUUUGCUACGGAAUUGAAUCGUUAGAAACUAACAAUAAAGGAAAAUUGCAUUAUCGACUUUCAAUACCAUUACUUUUGGAGCUACAAGGUGUUUGCGUUUCAUUGCUUCUUAUCAUCCAAUUUACCGGUUAUAAUCUGAUCCCGCAUAUUUUUGAUGGCGAACUUUAUACCAGAGUUCUUAUGAGCAUAUGGUCUUUAGUGGAGUUGUAUGCUUUCUGUCUCAAAUACUUUGAUUCUUUUAAGCCUAUUCAAAUCGAUGGUCAUGUUCCUCUUGCUGCUGCUACAUUGAAACAGGCUUACUCUCUUCCAUUACCGGUUUUUUCAAAAUCAAUGGCUCGUGUGGUUACUUUGCCAAUGCUUCUUUCAACCAGCGUCACAUAUUCGACUCGCAACUCUCUCCCAGGUAAUUUCCCCCAGUCAUAUAUUGAUCCAGCAUGUAAAAUUGUUUUUUGGUAUAUUUUUAUUUAUUUCGGAUUCCCUAUAAUAAACCUUAUGUCUCAGGUUUCUUUUGAGACCGAUAAUGAAGAAUUAGAAGUGUUUAAAUCACAUGCUCAAACUAAACAUAAACUUACUAAUACCUAUCUUAUUACUCAAACUUUUUUUCUCAUUAUCGGGUCCUCCAUACCGCAACUUAUUGCACCUAUGAUUCUUAAUUUAAUAGAGAUUGAUGUAUUCAAUAGUUCUUUGCGUGCUUUCAUAUCAAUAUUUGAAGAUUUUUGGAUUAUGCUUUUUGCAGUCUGGGAAGCACUUUAUUCAUGCACACAGGUAUACCAUUAUAAUCAAAACAUUUCUGAUACUAUAUAUCCAGGACCAAUGGCUACAACAGCGGCAGGUGUUUGCCUGGUAUGCCUUUUUGAUAUUGGCAAGUUUGCAUUUGCCUACUAUCUUCCAAAGUCUGAAUCCGGUGCAACACACCCUAUUUCAUUUAUUGAUCGUCAUCAAAAGUUGUAUGAGUUGCUGCUAGAUGUCCGUGGUCGUGAUUAUAAUACCCUAAUACAUGGUAUAUUUGUUCUUUGCGGGAUAACUGCAUAUAUUAUACUCCGAUUAGGCUUGCUAAGAUACACACGCAAAGAGCUACACAGCCAACACAAUAAUACACAGUACUAUUACAUGGGCUGCUGGAUCUACAUAGCCAAAUUUAGUUAUGAGAUUCUAGAAUUGUAUCCGUACAUAUUUCUUGCUGUGAGUGGCACUGUGAGACUACAUUACCUACCGACUGGUGUCAUUCAUUCGUCGCUAGUCACUCGGACAUAUUAUUUUGUGAGUCGCAACUUUGUGUUUCCCUAUUUUAAAUGGAAAAUAGCUGAGAAAACUCGUAAAAUUGCAUCGGUAGCACUAGGACUUUCUGUGUUAAUACUGCUGGCUCAGUGCUGUGCAUCGGUUUGGAAUGAUAGAGGUUUGAAAGUAAAUAGAAGAAGAGGGAAUCAAAUCAGCACUGCAAAUAAAGUUGAUUUGUCUUCUAGGAUAGAGAAGAAUGUUUAA